CCUGAGCCUCAGCACCUCUCAUUAGACGGCCAUCUUGGUUUACACCCAGUGCAGUACGCGCAGCCAAUCCAAUUAUUACCAAGCAGGUUGAGUAGGGGAGUGGAAGACCGCGAUUUCAGCAGCAUCACCCGUUCGCGCUGCCUCUGAGGUCCUUGGAAAAUAGCGGAGAAUUUGUUGUAGAGACAGUGACUUUAGCUCCUCACUUGUCUGUGGGGGAGAAAACCCGGAGGAGGCAAGGGAACAGAAACGGAGAACAUCCUUUUUGUGCUCCUGCGUUAUUGGGGGUGGGCUGCUCUCAGUCUUAGUCGCUCCUGUUGUUUUCUUUGCGCCGUUUCCUAGCGGAGGAGACCGGCAGAAAGAAAAUUCUUUGUUUUUUUUUCCCUUCAUUGUUCCUAGGCUGGAGGAGAGCUGUUUUUGUGCUGUGGUACCAAAGCUGAGUCAUCAUGUCUGAUCUGACACCUCAGAGUGAUGCCCCCACCCCCACCACUGACAAAAUCACACAGGCUGCAAGGGAGACGAUUUACCUUUGCAACUUUCGAGUCUCCGUGGACGGGGAAUGGCUUUGUCUGCGUGAGCUGAACGACAUCUCCCUCACCCCCGACCCGGAGCCGGCCCAUGAGGACUCAUGGGAGGAUUUCACAAGUUUGGUGGCGGAAAUGCAAAUGCUUGAUGAGUUUAAAGAUCCCAAGGAUCCCAUUGCAAUUGAGAGGCUCAACCUGAUGAAUAUGGCCAAGCUGAGCAUAAAGGGGCUUAUUGAGUCUGCUCUCAACCUUGGGCGGACCCUGGACUCGGACUACGCUCCCUUGCAGCAAUUUUUUGUAGUGAUGGAGCACUGUCUUAAGCAUGGCCUGAAAACCAAGAAGACAUUUCUUGGACAGAACAAGUCCUUCUGGGGUCCACUGGAGUUAGUGGAGAAGUUAACACCUGAAGCAGGUGAAAUCACAGCCAGUGUGAAGGACCUCCCUGGGCUCAAGACACCAAUUGGGCGAGGCAGAGCUUGGCUUCGUCUUGCCUUGAUGCAGAAAAAACUGUCAGAUUACAUGAAGACUCUGAUCAACAGAAAGGAUCUGCUUAGUGAAUUUUAUGAAGCAAAUGCACUGAUGAUGGAGGAAGAGGGAGCAGUCAUUGCUGGGCUGUUAGUGGGUCUGAAUGUUAUUGAUGCAAAUCUCUGCAUGAAGGGAGAAGAUCUGGAUUCUCAGGUUGGUGUUAUUGAUUUCUCUAUGUACCUAAAGGAUGGAGGACCUACCAGCAAGAGCACAGAGGGAGAUGGACAGAUUACUGCAAUUCUUGACCAGAAAAAUUACGUUGAAGAAUUGAACAGACAUUUGAGUGCUUCCGUGAACAAUCUCCAGGCUAAGGUUGAUGCACUAGAAAAAUCAAACACAAAGUUAACAGAAGAACUUGCAGUUGCAAAUAACAGGAUCAUAACUCUACAGGAAGAUGUAGAACGGGUAAAGGAAGAGAGUUCUCAACUUCUGGAGUCCACCUGCAAGGUGUCAAAAUCAGAUGGAAGUGCCAAUGGACAAGUACUUGGAGAAGCACGGAAACAAAUCAAAGAGGAAACUCGACUGCGUUUGGAUGUGGAAAAGGAGCUUGAGGUUCAGAUCGGCAUGAAGCAGGAAAUGGAGCUUUCCAUGAAGAUGUUGGAGAAGGAUGUUUGUGAGAAACAGAAUGCUUUACUGGCACUUAGGCAGCAACUGGAUGACUUGAGAAUUCUCAACCAGGAGCUCUCCCAUAAGUUACAGACCUCUGAUGGAGCCAUGAAGCAGAAGAAUGAAAUCACCAGCCGUUUAGAUGACACCGCAAACCAGAUGGCUGGGACAAUUAAACAACUGGAGCUGAGAUUCCAACAGGCCGAGCUGGGGCGGGAUCUUGCCCAUGAGACCAAUCAGCUCUUUAAGCAGGAAUUUGGGGACAAAAUCGAGAGUUUGCAGCUGGAGGUGGAGAAACUAAGAAGGGAGAGAUUAAAUGAAAAAUUUGAAAAGUAUAUGAUGCAGGUACUGUUUGGACAUGGAGCUCAGGAAGGACAAAGAGCGAAAUGGCCUGUACACCUUGUCAGGUGUGAAGGGGUCUUUUCCAGCACAGAAAGAUUACUGACCUCUAAAAGAAGAGUUUACAAAGGUAUCAUAAAUGUCUAUGUAAAUGUCACUUUUUUCAAAAAUGAAGUUCAAACGAAUUUGAAAUGUCAUUUAGUUCAUUUGAAAAUAUUUCAAUACCUGCCGCCUGCCCCUCCACGAAAAAAAAAAAUGCAACAUAGAAUCAUUCUUUUCAGUAUUUUAUUGAGAGUCUGUACUAUGUCACAUUUGUAUAGCACGGCCAACGGGUCAGGGUGGGAAAAUAUUUUCUAAAAUAGUUUUGCGUUCCCUAGAAAUACCUUUGCGUUCCAACGUAAUAGUUUUGUGAUCCAUCGCAUUAGUUUUGCGUUACUAUAUAAUAAUUACUGCACUCUGUCCAUUUCAAGUACAAAACAUAGAAUUAAUGGAAUAAGUAUAUGAACCCUAAACAUAAAUAAAUAAACCUAUGAACCUGUCCAGUUAAGUAUGUUGUAACAAUUAAACUGUGGGGGACUAUGUAACUUUCAUAUGUGUGUUUUUAUAGUAUGGCAUUUAAUUAGUCUCCAAACUCGUGCACAUGAAACCUCGCACGCGUAUGCUCUGGCGAGCAGGAAACCCAUCCUCUCUAUAUGCGCUCGCGCUCGCUCGAUAUGGAACCCGAAACAGAUCAAAAACAUGCGAAUUUUAAAGCACAGAAUACGUGUAGAAUACACAUUAACAACAUGUUCACCGUUUAAGUUAAUUUAAGGAAAAUUAAUCGUUUAGAUUAAUAGCCGAAUUAAUAAAAUUGUUCAUAGAUUAAUCUAAAAAAAAAAUUCGGUAGCAAAAAUCGGUUGUGGCUCAAAAACAUGAAUUUUAACACGUACUGUAGAACACACGUAAGUAACACGUAGUUAACGUGUUGUUAACGUGUAUUAUACAUGUAUACAUUAUAUAACAUUUUUUAUUCGCUCGCUCGGUGUUAAAUUAGUCUGAAAACCCCAGACCACUAUGGAACUGUGGACCCAGACUGGUCAAAACAUGUUAAUUUUAACGUACAGAAUAUGAGUAGAAUAUACGUUAACAAUACGUAGUUAAUGUGUUGUUAACGUGUAUGCUACUCGUAUUCUGCGCGUUCCGUAGUGGUCCGGGUUUUCAGUCAUUUGAUACCGAGUGAGCGAGUGUUGUGCAGACGUGACUGUGUAGUGAGGAUGGAUAUACAGUACGCGCGUUUGGUUUUUAUGUGCACAAGUUUUGAGACUAAUUAAAUGCCAAAUAUACAUCUUUAUUAAUAACUGUACUGUGUCCAUUCACCACAUGUGACUGUAAACAAGACAGCUGGGCUAUUGAACGUGAAGUGCACGAACAAACAUUGAAAUGUUAAUUAAAAUUCGCUCAUAAAGAAAUCUGGAAAAUAAAGAGGUGUCGCUUACUUUUGUUGAACGAUAUUACAGCCGGAAAACUGGAUGCAAAAUUAAAUUUAAAGGGGUGUCAUAUUUAAGGCUUAAAGCCAAAACCACUUUCGGGUAUACCUCCCUGGUAUUUUCACUUGAUGUAUGUGGGGAUAUGCGGAUCUAUACUGAAAUAUUCUCGUUAGUGGGUUUGAGUUUAAACCUUAACACCGCGCUAAGGUGAGCUUUUCUAUUAAGUUUUCUGUAAUACCUUUCAGUGAUUGGAAAAUAUUUCAGUGUUUGUGUGUGCACUUCACGUUCAGUAGCCCAGCUGUCUUGCUUAAAGUCACUGGUGGUGAUUGGUGCAAUUAUUUAAAAAAUACGUGUAAAAACACAUAAUAAAGUUACAUUAUGUAGAUUGUUCCCCAUAGUUGAAUGCUUAAAGCACUUUACAGGGCGUCUGUAUUAUUCAGUUUUAUCCAUGCCGUCACGCAGCAAAUAGCUAUAGUGGGUAAGUGCAGUGUGAUCGCAAAAAUAUUGUGAGGGAUUUACAACAACAUGUCCUUAUAGGCUACAGUGACACUUUACAAUUUGAAUGGGAUAAUUUAUAGUUCAAAUAUGAAUUUUCCCCAUUCGUUCGAACAUCGGUUAACAAGUAACAGCCCUACAACUAAAUUGGCAUAUUUUUUGUGUACUUUUUAAAAAGUAUUUUCCUACCUAAAUAUGAAGAUUUUAAAAUUUUAACAAAGUAAAUGGUACAUGUAAUAUUAGGAACAAGACAAACAAAACAGAAAUGUCAUAAAUGAAUUUAAGCAAAUCAGCAAAAGAAAUUUAAAAAGCACUUUAAAGCUUUGAAGAAGUCCUCAAAAACUAAUUUUAUUUUUAAAUUAUUUAACUGAUAACUAGCAACUCAAUAAAGCGUAAUUAAUAAAAAUCUCAACUGGAAUAUCUGACCUGCAUCUUAAAUAAGCCAGGAGGACUCUGUUGCAUGUUGAUUUACUGAGUGGAAAGCCAAAUUGUGAAAUGAUGCACUUCUGUUUCUCACAGGAGCUCAAGGCGAUCAAACAAGAGAAUAUUCUUUUGCAAACAUUGGUGGAGAAAAAGCAGAGUGUCGCUUUCUGUGUGCGAGUUCGGGGUGGUUGGUUUCGGCUGUCCAUAUUAAGCCCCAAGGCUUUGGGGUUAACACUGU